UAAUAUGGCAACUCUGCUGCAAAAAGACAAUUGCAGAAAGUUUUUUUCACAACAAAAAGCCACCGAAAACGCUCAAAUUAAGCAACAAAUGCGUGCGAAAAGCGCAGCGAAUCUCCACUGAGCCUCUGUUGUGCGUGUGUGUGGGUGCGUGGGCGUGGAAAAGUGGGCGCACGACAACAAAACAGCACAGGAACAGGCAGAGCAGCGAGCAGAGCUCCCAGGCAGCGCAGUAGCAGCGCAGCAGGGGCGGGCAGAGGCGUCAACAGAGGCGGAAAACUCGGGCAUUUUCAGGCACUGCAAUUUGUCGAAUUGUUUUCCACCAGCCCAGGCGGUUUUCCCUCUAUAUUAUGGACAAGAAAUCCUCGCCGGUGCGACGACAAAAGCGGCAGGCGAAGGUGAUCGAGGAGAACUUUUGGGACUGCAGCGUCUGCACAUACAGAAACUCGGCGGAGGCCUUCAAGUGUCGCAUGUGCGACGUGCGGAAAGGAACCUCCACCCGAAAGCCGCGCCUGAACUCAGCGCUAGUCGCCCAGCAGGCCGCCACUUUGCCGGGCGCCAGUGCCAACAUGCCCAACGGGAAGUCCGCCUCUGGAUCGCGGCACGGCAGCGGGCACGACCGGCAGCGGCACAAGCGGUAUCCGGCCCGCUUGAAAAACGUUGACCGCUCGACGGCGCAGACGCGGGAGGUGACGGUCAACUCGGUGACCGUGUUCAUCACAGAGUACAAGGCCAAGCCGGUGAGCAGCCGGCGGGAGUCGAGCGAGCAGAGCUUCAGCGAGAGCAACGACAGCCGGAGUUAGAGGAGGGGCGGGACUCGAGGGCCGUUCGCCCCCCAGCUCCCCGAUAUUCUACGCCACGGUUCCCGGUCCCCCUGUUACGAGUUGUAAAUUCUAAGUGUUAGGCCCCUGGCGAUAACAAUUGUAAAUCGAAAUCCGUUUAAGUUACCAAGUAUUAGGCCACGUUUUAAAGCCCUACCCCCCCAAACGCCACGCCCCCCACUCCAAAAACAAGUUCAUGACUUCCAGCCCAGGCCAAGAUGGCGAAAGCAAAGCGAAGCGACGGCGAGUCGAUUGCAUUUACACGACGCUCUCCAAGCCCAAGCCCCAAAUCCAAACCCAAACGCAAACGCAAAUCCAAAUCUAAAUCCAAUCUUUAAAAUGCGCUAAACCCUGUAUAUAGGCGAUGCAUGAGUUCCCCGAAUAUCUCUGUCUCGUAUCGUAAUUUUAUUUUAGUUGUAAUUUUAUUCUGCUACUCUAAUUCCUAAUUUAUUGAUGAAAAGGCAACAAUGUAUAACCGCCGUGUACAUGUUCAACAAAGAUAUCAUUUGUUUUGUAAGUGUCGAAUUAAAAUAUGGUUUAACUAAGUGCAAGCUAA